AUGGCCCCAGAAGGCAUGAGGGACAUGGAGGCAAAGAAAGUUCACCCUUUCUUCUCCAAAGGCCCAGCUGCCGACCUUGCCAGCUCUUCCAGCACCUCAGACCCGGCUCCUACAAUCCCGAGCAACGAAACACUUCCCGAAGACAACCAACCUACACAAGAAUUGCCAAUAGGCAGGAAGCGUCGAAAAACCGAUACGGCGCCUCAAAACGAUGCACCUGGGCCCAAGAAGCAACGACAAAAACGCCAGAGUGAGAGACUUUCUAUCUCGAAUCACGCGAACGCGACUAUCGAGCAGAGUCUUGGUAACACUGGGCCCAAUAGGGUUUAUUCCGACGCUUUAAUAAAUUCGACGAAUGACACACAAAUAAAGUCUACCGAGAACCUUCUGCAGCCUACUUCCGCCAACCCUUCGAAUCUCCCUAGUAUCGAUGCUAAUACGAGUAACGCCAAAAUCCUGAAAUGGAACCCAAAGACAGGGACAUUGGGCUCUCCACCGAAACCCAAGCCGAAAAACAUUCCAUCACGCAUAAUAUGCUUGAAAUACGGACGUGAUGACGCCGACCGAAAAGAUUUAGGUGAUAAGAUCUCUCAGAUUCUGGAAGGCAAGAUCCUAUUUCCUCCAACCCCACCGAAAAGGCGUGGAAGAAAGGCCAAGGAGAGUUGUGCUGCUGCCACUGCUGAUACAUCAAAGACCACGCAUCCGUUCUUUGGUGGAAAGGCAAAGCAAGCCAUGAAAACAGAAAAGCAUAGCGUUGCCAAUGAAAGGCAACCAGCACGGCAGACAGUCUUUAUGUCCACGCCAAUGUCCCCGAAGAAGGUUCGAAACCCUUUCAUUGUGAGAGGGCAAGCCCCUCAAUUUGGAGCCAGAACGGGCGUGGCUAAGGUUCCUGGUGCUAUGCAACCUCUAUGGCCGGCGCAGGGGAUGGCACAUGUUCGUGGAUUUGACGAUCAACUUGGUUCUUCAACACCUUUACCCCAGGAACACAUGGUCAAGAAGUCCAAAGGCUCUACCGUGAUAGUUACUUCUGAUGAAUCUGUGCUGAACGAGUUUUGCACCAGCAUGGAUCUUAAAGCUAUUCGAGAUUCACUUCCUAGAAAUGACUACACCUUUGAGCCAGCACCUAAGGAGCUCCGAAUACCUUCCCGACACUUCCAAAGCGGGCGAAAACUUCAGAAACGUAUCCGACCAGAACUACGAACAUUGAAACGGAUAGCCGUUGGCAAAGACGAUGAUUUAUUAGUGGAUGACGCCGCUUGUGCUCAUUAUAGAACGCACUCCGCUAUCAAUCGACUAUACGACGCGCUAGAAACAAGUCUUUCUGCAUAUGAUAAGUCGACGUGCGAGUCGCUGGCCUGGACGCAGAAGUAUGCGCCCAUUGCAGCCUCGGAGAUUCUCCAGGCUGGAAAGGAGGCCCUUCUACUCAGAGACUGGCUGCAAACACUCCAGGUUCAGUCUGUCAGUUCAGUAGGUCUUGAUGGUGUGGCGAAGAAGGGAAAAGCAAAGUCGAAGGCAGCACCAAAAAAGAAAAGAAAGAAGGACGAGCUGAAUGAUUUCAUCGUCAAUAGUGAAGAUGAGGCAAAUGAGAUGGACGAAAUUUCCGAAAACGAGGACGAUUGGGCACCAACCGGCUCAGGGCUGCAAAAGAAAACCGUCGUCCGAAACGGUGACAUGUCAAAGGAAGCCAAGGACCAGGGACGACUGACGAAUGCAGUUGUCAUCAGUGGUCCUCACGGCUGUGGCAAGACAGCAACCGUCUACGCUAUAGCAAAAGAACUGGGUUUUGAGAUAUUCGAAAUUCAUUCUGGAAGUAGACGAAGCGGCAAAGAUAUUCUAGAGAAGGUCGGCGAUAUGACGCGGAAUCAUCUUGUUCAACAACACCGUGCCAAUCCUGGUUCUGAAGUAGCAGAGGAGGACGAAGUGUCUCGCGACUUGAAGUCUGGAAAGCAAGGCACGAUGACAACCUUCUUCCAAAAGACAGCAACCUCCAAGCCACCUGUCAAAAAGCCAGUUGGAGAAAAGUUGACCGAGACGCCGAAACCCAGCUCGGCUAAGAGCCAAAAGCAGUCCUUGAUUCUGCUGGAAGAGGUGGAUAUUUUAUACGAAGAAGAUAAGCAAUUCUGGGCGACACUGAUUAGCAUGAUGGCACAAUCGAAACGGCCAUUUAUCAUGACCUGUAGCGACGAAAGCAUGGUACCACUCCAAACCCUCAACCUCCAUGGCAUCUUUCGCUUCUCACCUCCACCAAUCGAUCUUGCUGUCGACCUUUGCCUUCUUACAGCAGCUAACGAGGGCCAUAUACUACGACGCACAGCGGUUGAAGCCUUGUACAAGUCUCGCAAUAACGAUUUAAGGUCUUCGCUAACAGAGCUCAACUACUGGUGUCAGAUUGGAGUUGGAGACCGCAAGGGAGGAUCCGAUUGGUUCUACCUGCGGUGGCCCAAGGGCUCCGACCUAGAUGACAACGGGGACGUGGUACGAGUGCUGAGCGAAGAUACGUACUGCAAGGGCAUGGGCUGGGUCGGCCGUGAUCUGAUAGUUGCCUGCCCUGACUCAAUGAGAUCGGAAGAGGAAGCAAUGAAGCAAGCAUGGGACUCGUGGUCUCUGGAUCUCGGUAACUGGGACACCACACUGGAUUUGCAGUCUUGGGCAGACAGCCUGUCUCAGAACAUAUCGGAACAAAGUAAGAAGUUUGAGGCACUUGCACUCUUCGACGACUUCUGCCUUUCGAUGAGUGACGCAGAUCUUCUAUCAAGCGGCAGCUUAGGAACCUGUUUCCAGGAAAUGAUCGACCCAGGGCUGCCUGAUAUGCCGGGGAAGAUGCGAGACGAUUUUAUCGUUGGACGUCGUCUCCUUGAGGCGGACCCCAAGGUCAUGCCGUCUUCACCAAGUAUCGACCUCUCGUUGUCUCUCAAAUCUUUUGCGAGACAAACGCUUCUAAAUGGCUCAUCUACACUUAACACAACAUCCACCUCUGUUCUUGGGCCACUUACAGAGAAACGAGUUAUUCAAUCGCUUGGCCACUCAUUUGAGCCACAAGCUUCAUCUCUAAACCGGAUGGAUCUCGCUCAUGCAUUCGACCCCAUUGCCAUAAAUGAGAAGAUAGCAGUGGCCAGUUAUCUUGACCCGUCAGUAUUCGAUCGCACCACAAAGCUCAUCGUCCUAGAUGUGGCGCCGUGGGUACGAGGGAUCGUCGAGUUUGACAGCGACCUAAUGCAAGAGCGGCUUAAACUGAGUAACCUCUUAAGCGAAGGCGGCAAGCGAAAGAGAAUGCGCACCACACGCAGUGCCUACUCGGCCAUGGAAGGAGGCGAGAGGAAAACUACUCGUCGUGAGAGGUAUUUCGGAGAUAAUUUGAACACAGUCUUCGUGAGACGGACUGCUGGUGUGGGUUGGCGAGAAGCAGCAGAAAGGGCAGCGCCAAGGGAGAUUACAGCGAAUCUAUCCAGCAGCCCCCCUUCCUCGCCAGGAUCAAGCGAGCCCUGA